AUGCCGGCCGACGUGCUAAGUGAGUUGGAGGCAGAGAAGGCGGCACGGCGCCAAAGAGAGGCCCAGCGAUCGGCGCAGGUAGCUGCCGUUAUCAAAGCGGAGGUCCAAAGUCUGGGAUCCAAACGAGAAGUGUACCGUUCCUUGGGCAGUGUCCGGCUGCCACAUGCCCGCACCAAUCGGACACUGAGACGUCGCGCGCACAUGAGGGUGAAAGUCCUUUAUUUCGCCCGGGCCCGAGAGGCCACGGGCUCGACAGAGGAGUCGGCCGAGAUUGAAAACGGGACCACAGCAAAGGCUUUGUUGGAGACACUAGUUCGGCGCUUUCCCAAGUUGCAAGAGAUACGGUCGUGCUUGGUCCUGGCAAUCAACCAAGAAUAUGCGGACGGGUCUGCAGUAUUGAAGGAAGGUGACGAAGUGGCAUUGAUACCGCCGAUCAGCGGGGGGUGAAUGAGCAGCACGGGGCAUGUGAAGCUGCGGGGUUGUAAGGAAAGUGGAAUUGCGCAGAAGCCCCGCAGAAGCUGACGGUAUCUGGCUAUGAAUACGUCCUCACAUUCUUUUUACUUCUUUUGAAAUAUCUGAUGGUUUUUGCACAGCGACU